AUACUUGAAGGCGUAACAUUGAAUCUUACAACUGAAGGGCAACCCAUUUCAAAACAACAACCAGGCGACAAAAUGGAGGAAGAAAAUAAAAAGGAAAACAAAGAAGAAGAAGGUUCUGAUGAAGAGAAAGAAGACACCCCAGAGAAAAUGGAAGAAGAAGACACCCCAAAGGAAGUUGAAGAAAAGGAGAAUUCCACUGACAAGAAGGAAAAAGAUGACACAGAGUCCGACGAGGAAGAUGAUAUGUUUAUAGGAGAAAUCGAAGCUAAAGCAAGAAAGAUGGAUAUUGAAAAACCAAUAGAACACGUCAUGAGAAAGGUAGUCGUUUUGCAGUAUCUUCCACAACUGAAAAGAAUACUCGAAAUUCCAUCACUGAAAAAAACUAUCAGCAGAGCUACUAUAAUUGGUAUCAUGUCAGACAUUAUUAGUUUGUUACCCGAAGAGAUCUGUAUUCUUGAGUUGCCAAAUUUGAUCAACUUGUUGGCUAAUGAAUUGAACUCAAAGAUCUACGAGUUCAGAGACGCUGCAAGAAAACAAAUAUUAGCAGUGGUGUUCAAAUUUGGUGAUCUCUAUUUCUCUGAAAUUGUCUCUGAGAUUAAUCGAGUGUGCGACAAAGGAUUUUUGAAGAAGACACUUCCAUUCACGUAUGGAUACAUUCUUGAGCAUAUUGUAAUGAAUAUGUAUGGCGUGGGUUCUAUUGAUGAUAUCGAGAAGGUCCCAUUUGACAAAAUGGUUGAGAUUAGAGAACAGAAAUUAAAAAUUGAAGAACGAAUCAAUCAACAAAUAGAGAGAGCAAAACAACUUGAAGCUGAGAAUGAGAAAAAAGAAAAAGAGCGAGUCGAAAGGAGUGGUAAUCCAUCCGAGAAGGAUGAAAAUGUUCAAUUUGUUACAGAAACUCCGCAGACUGGAAUGGAGAUAGAAGAGAAAGUUGAUGAACCGGUUAAACAAAAAAUGGAGGAAGAAGGUACUGACGAUAAAGAGUAUGAAACAAAAGAAGAUGACGAAGGGGACGUUUUAGAUAAGAUGAUUCAAUAUGAAACAUCCAAAAAAGGGAAGUUCAAAUUUGAACAGUUUGUUAUUGAUGAAUCCGUACAUACUAUCACUAAUAUUGUGUAUAACUUCUUGUUUAACACGUUGGAAAAGAACAAAUUGCAUGUGCAAUCAAAAAUUAAGUUGGAAGAGUUGGCUGCACGAAAUGAUAAGACGUUGCUUGUCUUUAGAUGCAUUGGCCUCUUAGUCACAAACAACAAAGUAGCAAAUCCACUCAAUUUUUGUUUGAAAAAAAUUGGUAAAGAGAAACAACUUGAGCGGAUUAAAAUGUAUGAAAAGAUCAUGAAAGCAUAUGCAAAGGGUGUUGUGAACUCAAGGUUCUUAACGUUUGAACAGGUCUUCACUUUGGGAUUCAAUUUUGCACAGAAAUCUUACUUUGAACCAACCAUUGAGAAUCUGUUGGUUGUUCCAAAAGUUAAAACAGCGGGUGACAACAAACUUGAGAGAAUCAUGAUAGACAAAAGCAAGAGACAGUCACAUUAUAUGGAUGGUGGUGUUAUUGAUUACCGAAUGAACAACCACAUAAUUUUAGAAUUCAGCUUGAGGCUUUGUGCAGAUAUGUUAUAUCUUGUUGUGUUGACUCCAGAGAAGUAUACAGAAAUAUACGAGUUUGUUGUGAAGUGCUUAAAGCUUCCACACGAAGAGACUAUUACUCUUUCAUUGAGAAUGUUGAGAUUCUGUUUCAGAGCAGAAAACAAAACUGAGCUUGGGUUUGACAUUUCGUUACAAGUUUUGAAAAGGGUGAAAGAGAGAGAUACCGUGUUAUACAAUGAGGUGUUGACAUUUAUGACGUCUUUAAUUGUGCACGCUGUUGAUGGAUUUACAAGUAAUUUACUUGUUGCCGUUUUAGACUUGAUCAGAAAGAACAACACGAAUAUGGAACGAUGUGCAUCUAAUGUUCUAUUUAUGUUGGAACUUGUUAAAAAGAAGGUUGUCUAUUCUUCUAUAGUCGACUUCAUGUACACAUAUGCCACAUUGAUGAUCCAACACGGAUAUGGAGAUAUUGUUCCUUUGAUCCAGGAAUUGUUGAUUACAUUCAUUACGACAUACCCACUUGAGAAAACCCAAUACACAAAUUUCAUCAACUUCUUUGUGAAGAACCUUUCGUUUGAAGACAAAAAUGGAAGACUGGCUAUUUGUAAGGUCUUGAAGACGUUGACAGGGUCGAACAUGGACAGCCGAGCGGAGUUGGUCAAAAUCAUUUACGUCCCAACACUGUUGAGGUAUUCGGUUGAGACAUUUGAUCGUGUCCGGUUUGAGUUAACACGAGUUCUUGCAAACUACUUGGCCACAGCGGGAAAGGACAAUAUCGAAAAUGUGCUUGGCGUCAAUUUGUGCUGGACAAACAACGUAAAGGCGUCAAUUAGGCGAAUAGGGUGGAUAGGGUUUUACGUGUGUAUACGUAAGACGCCUGCAGAGUUCAUAGAUGAUAAAAUAGCGCCAAAGAUCAUCAAAACGUUUGCAAAAGAAACGAUGGAAGUGAAGGAAGUGAUGUUGAAGGUGUGGAGAGAGACUAAGAAAUACAAUGAGAAUGUGAUACGUCUAGCAUUGACGGGUGAAGUUGAUGGUGCACACGACAUCUUGACAAGUGCUCAAGGUGAGUUCCCAGAUUUUGGCCUUGUGAUUGAGAAGGCCAUUGAUAACUUAAUGGAGGGCAAGAGAAUCAUUGAAUGGACCCGAGUGAUCCAUGGCAUUGUAGAUUCGAACAACGCAAUGACUGUUGAAGUUAUGAAGAAGAUUGGGAAACGACAACACGAGAAUCUGUUAAGACUUAUGCUUGCACUUGCUGAUGUUGACAAAUCGAGUGAAGACUAUAUGACAUUGAUAUUGGUAUAUAUUGUCAAAUCACUCAACGCAUACAAGAAAGAGAUCUGUGUUGCUGCUAGAGAAACACUUGAGCUCAUUAAGGGGAUGGUCAAGCCAAAAAUCUAUAUCAGUAGCUAUGAAAAAGCGACAAAAUAUGAUUGA